UUGUAGUUCUGAGGGGAUUAAUGUCGACGGCCAUGUGUUUCCAAAAACUAUAGGUAACCAGACAAUGUAUUACAUCAACCAGUCCCAGUCAUUUCUUUCACUAGAUCGCUCUCUAUUUCGACAUCAGUAUAAACAGUAUAAUAGCGAUGUUUACAAUUCGACAACUCUGUUAUUGCUAUGUUCACAAAAUAAUGUCUUUGGGCUAACCUGUCCGUUCAUACAUGAUGAGAUAACUAAUUAUGUGAUAGUUAAUAAAACCUUAAAACAUAUUCGAUCGGGAAAGGUCUAUGGACUGGAAUCUUACGAACUGACAGACAACCAAACUGUCAAGAUUUGUUCCACAUUUGGACAAACAGAAAGUAAUUAUUUUCUUCAGUACAACACUACCCAAACUAUUUUGAGCGUUAUUGGAUGCAUUCUAUCUCUUAUCGCCCUUGUAUUGACUUUUCUUGUUUAUUGUUUGUUGUCGUCUCUUAGAACGUUGCCAGGAAUGGCAGUCAUGAGUUUUAACGUGACAUUGUUUUGGGCCCAAUUUCUUCUCACUUUUGGAGCAGGCCAAACUAAGAUUACUGCUGUCUGUAAAGUAAUUGCAAUAACUAUGCAUUUCUUUUGGUUGGCUUCAUUUUUCUGGAUGAGCGUUUUAGCAUAUGAUAUCAGCCAAACGUUCAAAACAAAAACAUAUGAUCAAAGUAAAGGUGACAAAUGGAAAACUUUUGUAAAGUAUUCCAUUAUUGCGUGGGGUUCACCGUUUGUUAUAGUCGCAAUAUGUGUGAUGUUAUCGAUGACAGUUGAGAGUCUUGGCUUCGAGUACGGAUCAACUUCUGUCUGUUGGAUUAGUGAUCCUGUAAUCAGCCUAGUUAUUUUCGGUGGUCCUGUUGCUUUCGCUCUUUUCUUAAAUUCAAUUUUCUUUGGAAUGACUGUACAUGGUGUCAGAGAGACGAUUAAGGCCUCUGAGAUUCUGCAUCGUAAUGCACCCAAUACGAGUUCUAUCACGACAGAAAUGAAGAUAUAUUUUAAGAUAACUUCUUUGAUGGGUUUCUCUUGGAUAUUCGGAUUUAUAGCGGGUUUUACUGGCAUUGAAUUUCUUUGGUACGUUUUCAUUGUUCUUUGCACCUUACAAGGUGUUUUCGUAUUCGUAUCUUUUGUGUGCAACAAUCGCGUCUGUAGUCUCUUAAGAGAAAGAUACCAAGCAAAACGACCUAUUGGUAAUAGUAAAACAAUGACUCAGAUAUCUACAGUUACGUCAAUUUAGCUCUGGUGUAACAUAUCAACUAUUUAAUACAAUAAUACUGUUUACUUUUGU